CGUGGGGCGCGCGCGCCCGCGCCCGGUCCCGCGGCUGCGCCCUGCCCGCGCCCGCCGCCGCCGCCGCCGCCGCCGCCGCCGCCAUGGACAGCGACGAGGAGACGCUGGAGGAGAUCGUGGAAGGGCAUCUAGAUGACGAUGGGCUGCCACAUGGAUUCUGUACAGUGACCUAUUCAUCGACGGACAGAUUUGAAGGAAAUUUUGUGCACGGAGAAAAGAAUGGCCGCGGCAAAUUCUUCUUUUUUGAUGGCAGCACCCUGGAGGGGUACUACGUUGAUGACGCGCUGCAAGGCCAGGGAAUCUACACCUACGAGGAUGGGGUGGCCCUUCACGGCACCUACGUGGACGGGGAGCUGAACGGCCCGGCCCAGGAGUACGACAGUGACGGGCGGCUGAUAUUCAAAGGGCAGUACAAAGACAACACCCGCCACGGAGUCUGUUGGAUUUAUUACCCGGACGGAGGCAGCCUUGUGGGAGAAGUGAAUGAAGACGGGGAGAUGACUGGAGAGAAAAUAGCCUAUGUGUAUCCUGAUGGAAAGACUGCAUAUUCCGGAAGGUUCAUAGAUGGAGAAAUGAUAGAAGCAAAACUGGCAACCCUGACAGCUGUUGAGGAUGGGAAACCUCAGUUUGAAGUAGUACCAGGCAGCCCAGUAUACAGUUUUGACAAAUCUACUUCAUCCUGCAUUUCUACAAAUGCCCUUCUUCCUGAUCCUUACGAAUCAGAGAGGGUGUAUGUGGAUGUCUCUCUCAUUUCCAGUGCUGGAGAAGGAUUGUUUUCAAAAAUAGCAGCAGAAGCCAGUACGGUGAUGUCCUUCUAUAACGGAGUGCGAAUUACACACCAGGAGGUAGACAGCCGAGACUGGGCCCUCAAUGGGAAUACAAUAUCCCUGGAUGAUGAGACGGUGAUAGAUGUGCCAGAGCCCUACAACCACGCUGCCAAGUACUGUGCCUCCCUGGGGCAUAAGGCCAACCAUUCCUUCACUCCUAACUGCACCUAUGAGCCGUUCGUUCAUCCUCGUUUCGGGCCCAUCAAGUGUAUCCGCACCAUCAGGGCCGUGGAGAAGGACGAGGAGUUGACGGUGGCUUACGGCUACGAUCACAACCCUGUGGGGCAGAACGGGCCCGAAGCACCGGAGUGGUACCAGCUGGAACUGAAAGCUUUCCAGGCUGCCCAGCAAAAGUGACACGGGGAGCAGCUUCUCCGUUCAGCAAACUGAAACAGAAACUUGGAUCUAUGCACUACCUUUCUACCGAAAACUGGACAACCAGGGAUUGUUCAUGCUGUUGCAUCAUAACCUUGCAUUCUGUGUUAAGAGAUAAGUUCCUUGGAUACUAACUAGGUUUGACUGUGUUACUCAUAGCAGAUUUAAAAAUUAGCUAGCAUCGCACCGGUCUUAUCUGAAGAAAUUAUUUAAUAUUCUAUACGAGAUGUGGUAUUCUUUGGUAGCUUCUGCUUUUGCACCAUAUGCAAAGAUGCCAAAAGACUAGGAAGAAACAAAAAUGGGUGUAUCAUUCACUUUUAGUCGGCAGACUUAGUGUUGCUCUCUAUCUGCCUAGGCAUUAUUGUGCAACUGCAUUUUGCAUAUAUGCCACUUGUGAUGAUAACAGUAAUAUUUUGAUAUUCUCUAAUAGUAGCAUAAUUUUGCCUUUUUAAACCUUUGAUCUGAAUCUUGCAAUAGAGCAGUUUAUUUAUUAUCAUAUAGGAGGCUGGGUUUUAACUCCCCUUUCCUCUUGUCUGAGCGUUGUUCUUUCUACAAAUCCUCUUUUGCAGGAGAAAAUCCUUUCUAACUAGUGGAAAGGCUUGUGUGUGUAUGUGAGAGUGCUGUGUGUUGGUCUCUGUGGCUCUCUAAAUAGUAUAGCGACAUGUCUAAACCUAGUAUUUAUCUAGCCUGUAUACGGCUGGCUUAUUUUAUUUAAUUUAUUAUUAUGACAUGCAAAUGAAGCUGUUCUUUGCAUGAAGAUUUUGUGAAAAGGAGAAGACAGGUUUGCCGUUGAAAGACUUCCAGAUGUGUUCUGGGAGGAAAUGCGCAUUACUUGCGUCGGUGUUGGUGAGUUGGUUUGUGCAUUUCACCUGUUCAAGCGGCCAGUUCUCAAGGCAAAAGGGAUGCUUGGAUCUCCCAUGGAUUCCAUGAAAGGAGGUGCAUGUGUUUGGGGGCAGACCAUAGUCCUUGGUGAAGGAGAGCUGUGUCUUUCCUGUGUGUUCACUUGACAGAACGACAUAGCCUUAUAGCCAUCUUUCAGUAGUUUUGGUUUAAUAUAGUUAAAUUAUAUUGAAUUAAUAUAAUGUGAGGUAUCCAAAUAAGAUUUUUUUUAAAAGAAGAAAAGAUACUAAAAGAUUGUUUUUGAAAGACAAACAAUGAAUGUAAAAACAUCACUCGAUGCGCAUAUUUAUAAACAGCAGUCGAACCCACAGCUUUGUUGAAGCCAACAGUGGGGGCUUGUGAAUAUUCAUCUGCAGGGUUGUGUUCUGGGGUUCUUCAGGGGUAGGGAAAUCGUGUGGUUUGUUGGAUACUGUACUGGUCUUGCCUAAUGCUGUGUAAGAGAGGAAAAGUGUAUUUUCUUGGUCUGGAUACUGGAGCCUUUCUGGGACUCUGAUGUUCUCCUUUGGAUUUAGCAGCUUAGGAGAAACUCAAAUGCAUUUGCAACACUUUCUUUAAACGUUUGUAGUUUUAAAAGGUUUGUAUAUAUGUAACAUAAAUGAUCUGGGAAUCAGACCUACCUUUCUAUUGCAACACAUUUUGGUUGCUCGCUUGAACUGUUGGAGGUGUGCGGGGAGCUGGGCAGGGAGAACGUGUGGGGUACCUGCAGGUAGAAGGAUGAGGCUGCUGUUCCGUGCAGGCUGGGAAUCCUUGCUUUGGUACCUGAGGAAAGUCAGGAAUUGCUCACGAGAACCUGGGGCUCCGUUCACUCCCCGUGGCUGCUCACAAACAUUUUCCAUCCCCUCGUCGCACAGCAGCUGCUCCGUGCGUGUGCUGGGCCGGGGGACAGGCAGGCUCGGGGUGCUGUGACACCCUCCGAGCAGCGAUGUGCACGUGAGCUGUGACAGAGACACAGCUGACCUCGCAGGGGAGGGAGGGCUGGCAAAGCUCAGCUGCCCAGCUUCACUGAACGAUUCUCAAAAGGAAAUGUGCAGGACUUCAUCCUUCCCUACCUGGCCGUAGGCUGUUACUUAAGGUCAUGAGCCGCUUAAGGGAAAGGAGGGAGCUCCUGUGUUACCUUGGGAUUAUUGUGCCAGGAUCGUGAAGUUUGCGACGUUGAGGCUUUAGACACAGGAAAGAGCAGAGGGAAGAUGUGACUGACCCCUGCUAAGGUUGUAUGGUAACUCCUUGCACAAUCUUGUUAGCCUGCUCUGGACUGCUGGCCUCUCACUGGGGAAUUGUGCUUAAAAUGUUCUGAUCCCUAGAGCUCCUUUCCCUUCAUUUCUGAUCAGUCUCUGAUUCCUCUGCUAAUCUCUUUGUGUGGAGUUGCUUAUGUUUUAAUAGAUUUGUCAGUCUUCAUAUUGCCUGAUUUUGAGAUAAAUAGAAUAUAGGUGCUCUUUGUGCAUCAGGCUAGAAGAUUGUAUCCUAAAGCAGGGAAAUUCUAGGGGGAAAAAAAGGCACUGAGGUGCCCUGUGUCUUCUUAAAAGAUUUGGUGAGAGUGAAGCAGACUCUUUUGUACAUGUGUGUAGCCUGAUGGGUAGCAUGCCACGGCUGUGGCUGUUACCUCUGUUACCUCUGCUGUCCUUCUCAGCUCUGUGAAAUCUGUUGGUCCUUCUACAGCUUCCUUCUUCAGCGACCGACCUUCUGUAAAAGUUGUGAUUACGGAGCUGCUUUGGCUUGAGUCAGGACCAAGCCUUUUAACUCUUCUUUGUUUUCCCUCUCCUCCUGGUCUCUUAGAGUGGAGGUGGCCGGGAGGGCUUUUGCCACUGGGUGGUGAAAGAGCUCUGUGCGUCCUUCGGAGGCGUGAGUUGGCAUCCCCUGGCUCAAACACAGCUUAGUUACAGAACUCCAAAUAAUGCCUUAACAGGUCAGUGUGCUUCUGGGGCUCGCUGGAGAGCAGGAGCAGCUUCACAGAGCUCCUCACUGGUAGUGUGUUGACACAUCCAUAGACACAAGACCCACACCCGACCACGGUUCUCAUUUGGGGCAGAGGAGGCACCACCUGACACAGCAAUCUUCUCGGGUGUGUAGGACGCAGCUGACUGCUGGUGAAUAUGCAAUAAGUAAAGAAGCUCCACUUCUUAGUCUGGCCAAAGACCUUUCCUGUCGGCACAGAAGCUGGGAGGAGAGCUGAUGCCUGUCAGCUGAGCCCGAGUGAGCCGCUGGCUCUCGGGAUACCCGUUGUCACUAAAGAGUAGCGUAGGAGAACCUGGAAUUGCUGCGUUUUUUCAGGUACAGAUCAGUUCCAAACAUCUGCCUGUGGUCUGCAGUGCUGCACGUGGCUUCUCUGUGAUGGGAGGGUUGCUUUGAGCUCCUUUGUGAGAAGCCUGUAUCACCCUGUACUAGGAGGCUGCUGAUCAUCCCUUUAAAAGAAAUAUAAAACCUGAAGGGGAUUUCCCUGCGAUGGCAGCACAGGGUUUUGUCACCAACAGUAUAGAAGCUUUGUUUUCUGGAAGUGGCUACUCUUGGAGACGAGAGCCAGAAAAGUUACAGCUGAGAGCUGCCUGCUGCUGGGGUCACUCCACUGGAUAAGAAGAAGGAAAAGGGCUUAGGCCGUGGAGGGGGUGUCUGAAGUUGAGUCUUGUGCUAUAAUUCUACUUUAUGGGGAUCCUGAUUUUCUUUUAACAAACCUGAAAAGGAUUUUCUUCCUUUUUUUUUUUUUUAAUAUUAAUUAUAUAAAACUGACCCUUACAUAAAUGCCUGUAAAUCUUGACUGCUGAAAAAGUCGAAGGAAAUACGUGGAAAUGGCUUUUCAGCUUGUGAGAGCUUUCUGUCUUUUCCCACGGUUGCCACGAUUGCCUCCUAGUGUCUCCUGGGGUGGGCCAUGCUUUUGAUCAGGCGAAGCUCCUGGGGGGUUUUGGGAGCUUUGGGAGGCCGUGGCGGGGUGAGGCUGCGUGUUUUGGGAGCCACUAGGCGGGCUGCUCCUUGGCACAGCCUGUCCGGAUGCCGAAGCGUGGCGCAUGGAUGGCGGUGGGGUUUUUCCCCAGGGGUCUUGCAGCAUGUUGCUAGAAGCUGGAAGCAACGUGCUAGGAGAAGCAGGAGCUCUCUCGGGGAUCUCUUGCCCUCUGUCAGAGCAGAGUGGCCGACACAUCCCACCUGCUAGGAGAAACUCCAAAAUUGCGGAAAUUGCCGCUUUUUGUUUCCUUCCCAGCUGUGUGCCCUUGUCCUGCAGUCCAAGCAGUGCUCACCACUGGGUUGUGCCAGGGGUGCAGCGGUGUCGCUUCUGCCCCAGGGACCUCUGUGAUUGGUGUCCUUUCGCUCAGUUUGAUGGUGUCUAGGGAAACGCUGCUGUUUCACGUAGAACAUUACACAGAGCCGAGAAUCUGCUGCUUUGUUCUCCUGUGGCCCAGCAGAAUUGCUGGAGCUGUGGGUGCCUGAGGACUUCACCUCCAAGCACUUAAAAAGACCAAAUUGCUUUGGAAGCAAUCUCCUUACAUGCUGAGGUGCUGCCUGUUCCUCACUUGCGCUGCGCUGCUGCGUGCCAAGAGCAUCCAAAGCGAGGAGAGCGGGCGUGGGAGCAGCUUCAUCUGCGAGUGGAAAUGGGCUUCACCCGCAGUGAACUUGUUCCUUUUGCUUCCUGUAAUGGAAACAUGAGAACUGUAUUUUUGGACAAAGAAUUUCUAAGCAGUCUUAUAAGGGAUUUUGGGGUGGGGGGGGAGGUUUAAGGAAAAAAAAGGUGCAAGAUUAAGUGCAUGUUUACUUGCCCCAGAUCAAAGGUUUUGAACACCAAGGUCACUCUCUCUUGAAUGGACCUUCCUCUGUCUUUGGGCAGUGGAACUUCCUGCCCUUUUCCUCUUUACCAUUUUACUGUAACUGUCUUUUUUUUUUUCCCCAAGAGAAAUAUCUAUACAAAAAUUAUAAGCAAUUAAAUAUUCAAGCCAUAAAAUCAUGAGUGUGGGAAGACCCGCUUUACGAGUUUUAACAUUUGUACUUAAAAUGAUGUUUGUAUGAAAUAUUUUCAUGGUAGAAUGAAUAUUUAAACAAAAAAGCUUCAGUAAGAUCUAAACCAGAUUUAAAGGGAUGUCUUUUUGUAAGAUGCAAGCCUAAUUGAAUACCAGUAAGUAGAUUUUUUUUUUUUUUCUUUUUAAGGGGAGCUGCAACAAAUGAUCCUUACAAUUGCAAAUGGUUGUUUGUGCUCUUUGGGGAGGUAUUUAUGCAGUGUUACGUGCAGCCGCCAUAAAUUAUUGCAAUAGCAAGGCUAGUCACAUCUUUGAGAUGUACCUCUCAGCUUGUCCCCUCUGGAUACCGUACAAACAGCCCAUCCCUCCUUUCUGUAGAUCCCCUUCUAGAAAACUUUUCCUACUGCAGCUGUAACAAACUUAACUCUGAGCUAAGAACCCGACUAAAAUUGUGUAUUACUUAACAGUUUCUGCUGGGCCUUCUGCUGUUUUAAUACUCUUUAGCCCAUGAUUAGUGGGUGUCUCUGUUCUGAAGAACUAAGUGCUAAAGAAUAAUCUUUGGGGUAAGCUUACACGUGUGUUAACAGUUCACCCCGGAGUAUUUCACUUGUGUACAGUACUUGAUAGGUGUUUUAUGACAUUUGUACUCGAACUAUGAGCCUUACUGAACAUCUGUAAGUUUAUUCAUGACUUUUAAAAAAUGGAUAACUCUAAGAAAGAUGUUUACAUGAAUGAUGAUUGCCCUUCCUUUGAUGUUAUGAAUGAGGUUUUUAUAGUGUGUUUGGGCGUAUGUGCAAGGAAGCAAGAAAAGUGUUUCUGGGGAAAAACAGACUUGACAAACAUUUGUAAUAAGUGAAUUUUAAAGAUUGCUUUAAUUGCGCUAUGAAGGCAAUGCAAAAAUAAAAUAUUCAACAGAA